ACACACAACAACUACAACAAUGGCUACUUCAAGAACAUUCAUUUUCUCUAAUCUCUUCAUCUUCUUCCUCGUUAUAGCCACUACUUAUGGUCAGGCUCCAGCUCCAGGCCCUUCAGGUCCAACGAACAUAACCGCAAUCCUAGAAAAGGCUGGUCAAUUCACAUUGUUCAUAAGACUUCUUAAAAGCACUCAAGCCUCAGACCAAAUCAACACUCAGCUCAAUUCUUCCUCGAGUAAUGGCUUAACCGUGUUUGCCCCGACUGAUAACGCCUUCAACAGCCUCAAAUCCGGAACCUUAAACUCAUUGUCUGACCAACAAAAAGUUCAGCUUGUUCAGUUCCAUGUCUUACCUACACUCAUAACCAUGCCUCAGUUUCAAACCGUUAGUAACCCUUUACGCACGCAAGCUGGAGAUGGCCAAAACGGUAAAUUCCCUCUUAACAUCACUAGCUCCGGUAACCAAGUUAACAUCACCACUGGAGUUGUCAGCGCCACCGUGGCUAACUCUGUCUACAGCGAUAAGCAGCUGGCCGUUUAUCAGGUUGAUCAAGUUUUGCUGCCAUUAGCCAUGUUUGGAUCAAGCGUGGCUCCUGCUCCGGCCCCUGAGAAAGGCGGCUCUGUUUCAAAAGGCUCAGCUUCCGGUGGCGAUGAUGGAGGAGAUUCUACUGAUUCAUCUGAUGCAGAGAGGACUGGAUUCGGGUUUGGGAUCAGAAUCACUACCGUUGCAGCCAUUGCUGCUUCUUCUUCUCUGUGGAUAUAACUCGAGAGAGAGCUUUUCUUGAGUCUCCACAUUUGGAAUUUUAAGAAUAACGAGAGCUUUAAGUUUUUGUUGUACUUUGAGAUUGUUUUAUAGAUGUGUUAUUACGUGUGAUUGUUUUGAUUAAGAUUGCACACAACUUUUUUUGAUG